CGCUCGCUGCACUCUUUAUUUAUAUUAUUUGCCAAUACAAAAAGACAAUCCGGGGCUUAAAGCAUCAAAGUACGAGCAGGUCAUUCCUCUGUUCCGUUUUUUGGUAGGAUUAAUCUUGACUGGACACAUUGACUUUGACAAGACCAUAUUUAAAAAACUUUAAAUUCGAUUGACCUGAUAAUUGCGUGAAACACUUUUACAAAAAGGUGUCCUGAAACCAUUGACAAAUUGAAAAGGCCCUUUUGAAGUUUGUUGUCAUAUUCUUGAAUUCUGAUUAGCCAAUCAAAGAUUUGGAACAUUUGCUACUCCCAACCUGCAAUUGGAUUGAAUUACAUUUAGACACAGUUUUGAUCAUAAAAACACUUGGCGUAUCUGCUUAAAGUGAUCGAGAUUUUAUCGCGCAAACAAGAUGAUUUCCUGGUUUUUAUGCACCAUGGUUAUUGUAGCUAACAUCCUUUGCAAGUUACAGUCUUCAAGUAUCAAUUUACUGAGAAGAAACAGCGUUAGAACGUCGCUGUGGCCGGGUAUGCGUUUGAAGCGACACGUCGCGCAUGAAAUUGUUUGCAAUGUUUCCAAGACAAGCGGGGCUGUUAUACUGAAUGACGAUAGGGAAUCAAUCAUGAUUGGCCUAUUGUUGCCAUUUACCUUGUCAGAUCGUGGGAGCGAGUAUGGUGAAGGAGGAGCAAAAUUCUACGCUGAGGCGUUCAAUAUUGCAGUUGAGCGGAUCAAUAACAACUUUUCGUUGUUACCCGGCUAUAGAAUCGACUAUGUCUUCAACAACACACGUUGUAACGAGAUAGACAGCAUACGAGCAAUGCACUACCAAUACAUGUUUCAAAAGAACCGAGGAUCGACUAUUCAUGCAUUUGUCGGUCUUGGCUGUCAUUGUCAAGCCCCGGUCAAGUUUGCAAGUGCAAUCAACGUCCCCGUCGUUUCUCACAUGUGUUCCAGCCAAGAACUCUCAGACAAAAAGGCCUUUCCUACAUUUGCCAGCACUUAUCCACUGUUAAAUUUGGUCACACCGACUAUUAAAGGCCUUUUAAGGGCCUUAAACUGGAAAAAUGUUGCUUUGAUAUAUUCAAAAGAUUCAGUAAAAUAUAGAGAGGCAAGUGAUGAUAUUAUUCGUGGUUUGGGUGAACUUAUCUCGUGGAAGCAUGGAUUAAAAAGCACACAGUAUAAUCCUGCAGACGAAAUAUUCCUGGAAAUAUUUAAAGAAGUUAAAAGUAAAGCAAGAAUUAUCAUUCUAUUCAUGGAGUAUAAUAUUGCAAGAGAGGGGCUACUCUACGCUUCAAGAAUGGGAUUGGGUUCUGGAGAAUACGAAUUCAUUGUUGUUGAACAAGACUGGUUGAGUUUGGAGAGUAAACUUGAGUCCCCAUUCAAAUGGUAUGUUUCUAGCUUUCCUAAAACAAACAAAGUCAUGCUAGAUAAAGAAGUCAAAAGGAUGUUUCCAUACACACUUAUUCUCGGUGUCAAACAUGAGAACAACGGUUAUCGAAAAGAAUACAUAAAGCACACUGAUAUGCUGAAGGAUAGAAUCAGAGGUCCGCCAUUUUGCAGUCAGUACUAUUACGGAAUAUACCGUAAGCUCAAUGUCCCACUUGAAAAUAUAUACCUAUAUGAUGCUGCUCAUGUGUUGGCAUUGGCAAUGAAUAGGACCUUGCAACGUGGCAAGAAAGUAGAUGAUGGUCUAGAGGUGGUAGCAAGCAUGGAAAACAUUUCCUACCGUAGUAUUGAUGGACGAAUUAGAAAGAUGAGCAGUGACCUAAGCUCAAAAGAUUGCUUCAGCUUGUUUACAUAUGGUCACGACAGUAAUGGCAGAAAGACAUUUACUGAGGCUGGAUAUUUCAAUGAACACAGUGUACUGGUAAGGAAGAAAUCGCUAGGCCGUUUGCCACAAGAUACCCCUACCUGUGGGUUUAAUGGCGAACUUUGUAGAUCUGAAGACAAGACAGGAUCUUCAUGCAGAGUGCUAAAAGACCUAGCUGUAUCGUUGUCAACUAUACUGCUGAUGCUAGCUUUUCUGUUUCUAUGUGUGUUCAUUUACAGAAAAAGAACGUCAUCUUUACGCAUUGGCUGGGUUGCACGGAACAGAGACGGAAAAUAUCCACCAUCUUUGAUAGGUUUGUGACGAAAGAGAUGAAGAGAAUAUCAAUCUGCCUUGCUCAGUAUUCACUUACAAGAUAGCAAGAACUAUAAAGCUUGGAAAGAUAUCUUAAGAUUGCAACCUUUGUUCUAGGGUUGAAGCAGCAUCAGCGUAUGUUUCUUAUAGAUGUAAGAGUUUCUUGGAAACAUAGAAUGUAAAUGUUCUUCAAAUCAGCGAGAAUAGCCCAAGUAUACAAUGAUCAUCACACAAGGACCAUUACACAAAGGCCAGCUUCUGCAUAGGCCUCGGUUGUUGUAAGUUUAUAGUUUAAACAUAACAUGGCCUAAUACAGAUAAUAAAUUCCACAAUUUGUAGCAAUUUUGUCUACUUCUAGUGCCUCAAGACUCAUUCCCCUAUGUAUCCAGAUUUAAUUAAUUGACCUAAGACAUCACUGGAACGUAUAGUUGUUCUCUAACGAUUCACGCAUUGUUUCUCAAUGAAACGAAUUUCAAUUGGAGCAAUAGAAUCGCUUGAUGAACGACCCAACUUUAUUCCUGACCGGAGGAGCUUUAACGAAAUUCGAACACUUUUCCCUAGAAACAUUUUCAAGGAAAUA